AGAUUAGAUGUUAUAAAUAUUUCCGGUCAUUAGUAGGGAGUUGUACUUGUAGACUCCAACGGUAGGGUCCCAUGUCUUCGGUCCAAUUGCUUCCAGCCACAGCCACGCCGUCCAUAUCCACGGCCAAGGCCACGCCAUUCAAGAAUCUACAGUCUUGCUCAACCAUGGCCGAGCUCAAACAACACCACGCCCACAUCAUCAAGCUGGGUCUCUCCUCCGACAAUGACGCCAUGGGCCGUGUUAUUAGGUUCUGUGCGCUGUCAGAAUCCGGGGACUUGAACUAUGCCCUCAAGGUGUUCGCUUCAUUGCCCCACCCAGAUGCUUUUAUAUAUAAUACUAUGUUCAGAGGCUAUCUGGAAGCACGGUUGUAUAGAGACUGCAUUGUCUUGUAUGCUCACAUGCUUGAAAAAUUCGUCACCCCGAAUAAGUUUUCUUUCCCUCCUGUAAUACGAGCUUGUUGCGUCGACAAUGCUGUUAAAGAAGCGAAGCAGGUGCAUGCUCACGUGAUAAAACUUGGGUUCUCCGAGGAUUCGUUUUGUCAGAACAAUUUGAUCCAUAUGUAUGUGAAUUUUAAAUCUUUGGAGGAAGCAAAGAGAGUGUUUGAUAGUUUGGAUAAGAAGGAUGAUGUUUCUUGGACUACAUUGAUCAGUGGUUAUUCACGUUGGGGAUGUGUUGAUGAAGCGUUUGUCGUCUUUGAGUCAUUGCCCAUUAAAAAUUCGGCUGCAUGGAAUGCUGUGAUUGCGGCUCAUGUGCAGAAUAAUAGGUUCCGCGAAGCGUUUAAUUUGUUUGAAAGGAUGAGAAAAGAAAAUGUAGCAAUGGAUAACUUUGUGGCUGCAAGUAUGUUGUCAGCUUGUACAGGGCUUGGUGCAUUGGAGCAAGGUGAGUGGAUAUAUGAUUAUAUUAGGAGUAGUGCAAUCGAAGUGGAUCCCAAGCUGGCAACGACAAUUUUGGAUAUGUACUGUAAAUGUGGAUGUCUUGAUAAGGCCGUUGAGGUAUUCAAUGGAUUGUCUAGUAAAGGUGUUUCAUCUUGGAAUUGUAUGAUUGGAGGGUUUGCAAUGCAUGGUAAAGGCAAGGCUGCCAUUGAGCUUCUGAAAAAAAUGGAGGCGGAAACUAUGGUGACCCCUGAUUAUGUCACGUUUGUUAAUGUGCUUGGUGCUUGUGCACAUUCAGGUUUGGUAGAAGAAGGAAAGUAUUAUUUUUCUUACAUGACUGAAGUUUAUGGCAUUGCUGCAGGAAUGGAGCAUUAUGGAUGUUUGGUAGAUUUGCUGGGAAGGGCUGGAAUGCUAGAGGAAGCGAGGAAAGUUAUAAAUGAAAUGCCAUUCAGACCUGAUGUUGGUGUUUUAGGUGCUUUUCUUGGGGCUUGUAGAAUCCAUGGGAAUAGUGAUAUGGCAGAGGAAAUAGGGAGGCAAGUGAUUGAACUAGAGCCCAAUAAUAGUGGGCGCUAUGUGUUGUUGGCCAAUCUCUAUGCGAAAGCUGGUAGAUGGGAAGAUGUUGCGAACAUUCGGAAGUUGAUGAAUGAUAGAGGAGUUAAAAAGGUAGCUGGUUUUUCUAUGAUAGAAUUGGAAGGUACUGUCAGCGAGUUUAUUGCUGGUGGAAGAACUCAUCCACAGGCUACAGAGAUAUAUGCCAAACUUGAAGAGAUGUUGGUCCGUAUUAAAGAUCUAGGUUAUGUGCCAGACACAGAUGGAAUGUUGUAUGAUAUCUGUGAGGAGGAAACAGAGAAUCCAUUGCACUACCACAGCGAGAAGCUAGCUAUUGCCUUUGGGUUGUUAAAAACUAAACCUGGUGAAACUAUUCGUAUCACAAAGAACUUGCGUGUCUGUAAAGAUUGUCAUCAGGCUAGUAAGCUGAUAUCAACAGUUUAUAAUCGAGAAAUAAUUGUGAGGGAUAGGAAUCGGUUUCACCAUUUCAAAGGAGGAGUAUGUUCAUGUAAUGAUUACUGGUAGCAUCAUAGGUGGGGAAGAAUGCCGUGAUUUAGCAUUUCUGUCCUUGUUGAUAGUUGACUAGUGAGACAACAGUUAGUUCCAGUUUGCUGAAAUGCAAUAGUAAAAGGAGCAUUUACAUUCAGAUUAAUCGGUUUUGGAGUGAUUUAGCUGUUAGUCGCACUUCUCUGAAAUGCAAUAGUAAAAGGAGCAUUUACAUUCAGACUAAUCGGUUUUGGAGUAAUUUUGCUGCAUAUUAAGUUCGGACUGUGCCUUGUACAUCAGCAGAUCAUACAAGGAUGCCAGUUCCUUCCAAAAAGAAGAUUAAAAUUAGAAGAUGCUGAGCUUUAAAUUCAUAUAUGGCUGCAGGUAAGCAAACCGGCAAGGAUUGCAGCUUCCACUGGUAUGCCUUGGAAUAAAUUUAAGAUUGGAGCAAGCAGCAAUUUAUGUUGAAACUUUCUUUUAAGCCCUAAGCCUAUAUUUCCUAGAAUUGUAUGAGACAUUUAUCAUAUCAUUGACUGGAUGGCCGACUAACGAUAAUCAACAUCAUUUGAGUGUUUUACAGCCAGCAAGCAAGUAUGCUUUAACAUCAAUUAAAAGCUGUGGCUGGCCAUGGUGCAGGAGAUUGAAACCAUUAUAGGCUAGCAAGUCUUCCACUGUUUAUGUAUUUAAGGCUCCAAUGAUGUGCUCCGUGUUGGAAGUCUUCCCAACUUGAAGACAAGUUUUAACCAAUCAACCUCACUGCUUGCAGAAAGUACAAUAAUGCCUAAGUCAUCAAAUUGUUCUUUAAUAAAACCACUUUGAAAAGAAAGACCAAAGCCAUUCUCCGGUUGAAAAGGCCAGCAGUUUAUCUGACACUGCAAAUGUUUCGACAGAUUUCAUAAUUUCAUUUUAGUUUGAAGCUGGAGCUAUUAUGAGUUCUGUCUAGUUAGUAUGUCAAUGGCAGACAACUCAGUCUCAGAACAAGAAUUUCGAAGUGUUGCUAACGAAGAAAGAGAAGAAGCUUCUCCACCUGAAGUCAGUAUUCUGAUUCCAUCAGCUAAGACAACUACA